AUGGGCGUCACGGGUAUUUGGGAUCAUAUGCAGAAAUAUGCUGAAAUGAUUGAUGUAGCACAACUUAAAAAUACUGUGUUGGCUAUAGACGGUCACAUUUGGUUAUUUGAAUCAACGAAGGGAUGUCAGACUUAUGGAGUUACCACUAGCUCAACCUUCUUAGUCACUUUCUACAACAGAUGUCGACGGCUUCGUGAGCAUGGAAUCGAACCAAUCAUAGUGUUUGAUAAUAUCUCGUAUGCAAGUCCCAAUCAAUCGCAAGUUCUUGUCGAUAAUAUCCGUAGGAAACGAUCAAAAAGGUUUGGUGGAGGUGGCUGGACUUUGGAAAACUGUGCUCAUAUAACAGAAAAGAUCACCAAAAUUCAAGCUCUGCUGGAAGCCAUGGGAGUUCCAUGUAUUUUCGCUGGAUCGGAAGGUGAAGCUCAAUGUGCUCAGUUAGAGAAAGUCGGAAUUGUUAACGGAUGUGCUACAUCUGAUUUCGAUUAUUUCCUUUUUGGUGGGUUAAAUCUUUAUAAGAUCGAAUUUUCAAAUGGAGGAAGAUCUAUAAACCCAAAUGUAACUCACUAUUCUAUGCAUGUUUUCGAGAAGACUCUAAGUCUAAAUCGGAAUCGGUUAAUUACACUGGCUAUGCUGCUUGGGUGUGAUUACCUCGAAGGAGGAGUUGGAGGGGUAGGAAUAGUAACAGCUUUGGAAAUUCUAUCAGAAUUUACUAUCCACGAAGAUGAUCAUAUCAUAUCAAUUUUGGAUCGAUUCUCAUCAUAUUGUAAGCAAGAAUUGCCUCUUCGAGAAUCAGAUUCUCCUGUUAAAGUGAAGUUUCGAUCCAAUAAGUUCAAAAUACCUUAUGGGUUUCCUAAUACCGAGGAGUAUUGCGAAGCUGCGUCUAUCUAUCUCCUGCCUUGUGUAAUUGAUUAUCAAAGAUCUAGUAUACCAUUACCCAGAGAUCUAAAUUUUAAAAUUGUAGCUAACUUACUUCUGAAAGAAUGUAAUUGGAGUGCUUCUAAAUUUGAUAAGGAAAUAUCACGAAGCCAACGUUUAGAGCUUUCAAUAAGGAAGAGUCUCAUGCAAUCCCGCGUAACUGAGUAUUUCGUUUCUUCUAAAAGAAGAGGCUCUUCCAAAAUAGAGGAAACUUAUGUGGAAGAAGAACGUCCUAAAUGUAGUCAACGUGAAUAUGCCGCGUUGGAAAGCUUGAGAAAACGUGCUAGCUUAUAUGACGUUAUUUCCGAGUUGCCUAAACCUUUGCCCAAAAGAAUUGGUGGACCUAUAGAAGCCAGUGCCUCUCCCGCCAAGAGAAGCAGUCCAAUCAUAGUUAGUGAUACUACUCCAACUACAUCAACUCAACAGCAGAAUCUUCAAGCUUGCGAAGAUGGUGAAACAUUCAGUGCUGGAGCUUCUGUUAUAUUAAUACAGUAG